GCAAUACAAAGAUCUCAUUAGCGUCUACGCACUAACGGCGUUAGAUUAAGUGGCGAGGAUGUUUUGAUGCGGCGAGAUUAGUGGCGGAUAAAGAUAGAUGGCUACCAAGAGAUUGAUUACAAAGCAGUGAAAACACUUGCCUCUUGAUUUGUUUAUCCUGAUAAAAGGAUUACAAUACUAAUAUCUUCAAAAACAUUUAUGUUAAUUAUUUAACUUUGGUGUUAAAAAUAAAAUAAAAAUAAAAAUAAAAAUUAUUUAACUUUGGAGUACCCUAAAGAUAUAAUCAAAAUGGUGCUUCGCUGUGCUUGAAGUCCCAUGUCCAUCUUGUUUCUCUGGUCUUAAAUGCCUUAUGUUUCAUGUCCAGAAGAUGAUCAAGUAAAAUUAAAUAUUUGAAAAAUAGAUCUUCGGUCCAAAAAAUAAAGAAAUUAAUAAUCAAGUCUCCUUGGCCUUUCUAUCAAGUAUUAACCAAAAGCAUCUUCAAGCCUCCUCAAAGAAACACUUGAUCUGCCCCUGACUUGUUUGUAUCAUUGAUAUAAUGGGAGUUACAUAGCUCUAUAUAGUAGAGCUAUAUGAAUCAAAAAAUAAAUAAGAGCAUCAUACAAUUAUUAAGGAGAAUAUACGAUGGAGUGAUUAUUGUGAUUGAGUAAAUCAAGUAUAAAUGAGUUAUGACUGAUAUUCUUUCUUUGAUAGGCAUUAUAUAAGAAUGAUUUUGUUUUUAAAGAUUGGCUUUGUUUUGAAUAAAAAUGGAGAUAUGAUAUCUAAUUUAUUCAUUUCUUAAGUUGGAUGAUUUUUAUUUCUUCAAAGAUGGGAUAAUACUCCAUAUUUUUUUCAUAAUAAGUGUCAUUAUAAUUUUUUUUCUUGUUAUAAAAAUGUGUCACUUACAAUUUCAAUGCAAAUUAUACUUAUUUUGAGCUGAAAAUUAAUUAAAAUUUCCAUUGACUUUAUAAAUAAUGUUAUUUAUCUUGAAUACUAUUGGUCAGUGAUGUGUAAUUAAUAAUAACUUAUAUAUAUUUUCGUCGUCAAAGUAACACUUAUUUUUAAACAAAAUGAGUAUAUUAUAAGAUUUGGUCAAAAAAAAACUGUCAAACUUUCCAAAACUGUCAAACUUUCUUCACCGCACAACACUCUAAUACAAAUUAUUUUUUCUAUUUAUUCACCGAACGAAGAUCUCAACUCCACAAACAAUCCAACCCUUUCAAACAAUUUUUUGUUUUUGUUUUCUGAAGAAUCUUCUUUUUUUGUUUUAAAUGAUGAAACUAAAACAAACCGACGUGAUGUUUAUGGUGUUAGCCCUAGUCUCGGCAUUGGUUUUCCUACAAUCAGAAGCUGGUAAUUAUUGUUCGACAGAGAAUAUAAAUAGCAUACCAGGAUGUUUCGAUGCGUUGAAAUUAGCAUCAGGCAAAGAUUACAGAAGGCUAACAAGAGAUUGUUGCAGAGCAGUCUUUUCAGUAAUCCCUGAUACUUGCUUCUUGCUUCUCUUUCCUGGCAAAGCUUACCCUAUUAAGAUGUUCAGAAACAUUUGUCUUAAUGUUAAUUAUGUUUCUGCUGCUUCACCUUUUUAAUGUUUUAUGUAUCUAUUUAUUAAUGAUAAUAAUAUAUUUAUAAUGAAUCAAACUUUCUUUUUAAUAUUCUCAUUCAUAUUUUAUUUCACUAAUUGAUACACAAAAUACAUACUAUCCUUGAUAGUAUCCACAUAACUGAUGCACAAAUCAAUUUCUUUAGUCACAAACCUUCUUCACACAUCUCUGUAAGUCAUAUAUAUAAGAAAAUCAAGUGCACUACGCACACUGCUAAUUAUAAUCAAUACAUACUAACGGCGCUAGAUUAAGUGGCGAGGAUGUUUUGAUGCGGUGAGAUUAGUGGCGGAUAAAGAUAUCAGAUGAGCUACCAAGAGACUUACAGAGCAGUGAAAACACUUGCCUCUUGAUUUGUUUAUCCAGAUAAAAGGCUUACACUACUAUUAUCUUCAAAAACAUUUGUGUUAGUUAUAUAUCUUUGGCGUACCCUAAUGAUAUAACUAAUCAAAAUGGUAUCUGUGUGUUUCAAUGUAUUGUGGUGCUUCGCUGUUGCUUAAAGUCCCAUGUCCAUCUUGUUUCUCUGGUCUUAAAUGGCUAUCAUGUUUCAUGGGCAGACAAUGAAUCAGGAAACCAUUUUUGAAACCAUAUUAUCCGAUUUAGUUCAGGUAUUUUGUAUCCAAACUAUCCAAAUAUACCAAGAAAUAAUCAUGACCAAGGGAACGAGAAGGAACACUAUGUUCCUUAAUAUUCCUUAAUUUUUUUACCAUUCAUGUGGAAUGAAAUUCAUUCCUCUUUAUUCCUUUGUUCGUAGAGAAUUAUAGAACAAAUCUAUUCCUCAUUAAUUUUGAUAAAGAACCAUCAUUUCUAAAAUUUUAUUCCUACUCAUUCCUUUUCUAUCCAUUCCUAUUAUUCCUAUGAUGAUUACCAGUCACACCCACAGUUUUGUUUGAGUAUUUCUAUUAAAACUAUCUUAUUUUAUCUAAAAAUGCACAAAAUAUUGAAAAUAACUAAUAUAUUUAAUUUAUCAUUUUAAUUUAAAUUAUUAUAAGUAUAAUUAUAACUAAUAUUUUAGAUAUAUAUUUACCUUUCGAAUAGUUUCGGAUGCUCAUUCGAUUUCCGGUCCGAGUUGGAUUCGGUAUUGAUUCUUCAUAUAUAGCAAUUUAGGACCCAUUCGAUUAUUUAUUUCGAGUCCAAUCGGAUUCGG